AUGUUUAUCCUCACCAAGUUCGCCGAUCUGGUGCAAAUCUCCCCGGAAGAUUUCUCAAAGCACAGCAUCGUAGCAAUUGAGGACAACAUCAAUGCCAAAUAUGCAAAUAAGGUUGUCCAGAAAAUCGGACUGUGCAUAUCUCUGUUCGAUGUCCUAUGGACGUCCGAAGGCUUGAUCGGCCACGGCACAGGCCUCGUCAACGUCAAUGUCGAGUUUCGGAUGAUAGUCUUCAGACCCUUCAAGGGCGAGGUCAUGCUUGGCAGGAUACGUAGCUCGACUCCUUCUGGCAUUCAUCUCAGGACAGACUUUUUCGACGACAUCUUUGUGCCGUACGAGGAGCUCCCCCAGGGGGCUGAAUAUAACCACAGCGAACAAAUCUGGAUAUGGAACUUUGACGAAGAGCGCCUGUUUUACGACAACCACGAAAUGGUCCGGUUCCAGGUCAUUGACGAAGAAUGGCACGAUCAGACCCCAGUCGGCCCCACGCAAGCAGAAGACACGCCGGCAAAGACGCCUUACAAGAUCAAGGGCAGCAUGGCUGCUGAAGGUCUGGGCGUGUGCUUGUGGUGGGAUGGUGCCUGA